UCCUUUAACGCGGACAUGCGCAAUAGAAAAAUUCUCUUUCUCGGUGGACGCAAUGGCGGACGCAGAAAAAAAAGUACCGGCGGUCCCUGAGAGCCUUUUGAAAAGGCGAAAGGCCUUUGCCACCAUGAAGGCCAUGCGCAUCAAGAAGAUGCUGGCUGAGAAAAAGGCCCGCAAAGUGACCAGGAAACUGAUCUACAAGAGGGCUGAGAAGUACCACAAGGAGUACAGACAGAUGUACAGGCGUGAGAUCCGCCUGAGCCGUACUGCUCGUAAAGUGGGAAACUAUUAUGUGCCAGCUGAGCCCAAACUGGCCUUUGUUAUCAGGAUCAGAGGCAUCAAUGGUGUGAGCCCCAAGGUCCGCAAAGUUCUGCAGCUGCUCCGUCUGCGCCAGAUCUUCAACGGCGUGUUCGUCAAGCUGAACAAGGCUUCAAUCAACAUGCUCAGGAUCGCCGAGCCUUACAUCGCUUGGGGAUACCCCAACCUGAAGUCUGUGCGUGAGCUCAUCUACAAACGUGGCCACGGCAGGAUGAGGAAACAGCGCAUCGCCCUCACAGACAACGCUCUGGUGGAGAAGGCCCUCGGCAAAUACGGCAUCAUCUGUGUUGAGGACCUCAUCCAUGAGAUUUACACAGUUGGAAAGAACUUCAAGCCCGCCAACAACUUCCUGUGGCCCUUCAAGCUGUCGUCACCCCGCGGUGGCAUGAACAAGAAGACCACGCACUUUGUGGAGGGAGGAGACGCUGGCAACAGGGAGGAUCAGAUCAACAGAAUGAUCAGGAGGAUGAACUGAAGUUAAGGUUUUCAAAGGACUCAAAAUGUAAAAUAAAAACUUUGAAAGAAAACUUCUUGUCAUUGUGUGAUUGUGCCAUUUAAUUAAUCGUUGAACCAUCA